ACGUUUUGCUAGGUUUACCUAGCAUCGUCCUUUAGUGUUUAUAUGGUUUCCUAGCAACGUAACAUUACACAGUUUGUCUUUAGGCUUUACUAGCCAAGUAAUGAAAUAUCAAUAGACUCGAAAGAAAAUAUUAAAUGUUAAUUAAUUUGGAAUUUUAUGCUCUGAAGUUAGUUACGAAAGAUAUAAGUGUUGGCGUGACGUUACGUCGUUUUAUGCAAGUUUGGCUUAACGUUAUGGUUAGGCCCUCUUUAUCGUGUUUAAGCGGCACACUAGCAGUAACUGCUGGGUCCUUUAAGUUUAACGUUAGUAAACAUUAACCCUUAACGUGAACUUCAGUUGUUUCUUUUAUAUUAAAUUUUUACCUCAAAUUACCAGGUCCUGUAUUUCUAUACUAAAAUGAAUUCUAUUCGUAGUGGAAAAGAACCUGCAGUUAUUAAUGAGUUAAUGUUGAAAACAGCAAUUGAAAAACAAGGUCCUCAAGCACUACAAGCAAAAAAAAAUGUAGAAGAAGAUGGAAUUCCAUUUGAACAUAUUCUGUCAUUGCAGCUAGACUUCAAAAAUAUUCUUCAAAUUGAAAACAUGUGGCAGUUCAAGGCACUCAAAAAACUACAGUUAGAUAACAACAUCAUUGAAAAAAUACAAGGACUGGAAGAAUUAAAGAAUUUGACCUGGUUAGAUUUGUCCUUCAAUAACAUUGAACAUAUUGAGGGCCUGAGCCAUCUAAGUAAACUAGAGGACCUUUCUUUGUACAGCAACCGAAUCACCAAAUUAGAAAAUCUAGACCAGCUAAGUAAACUCCAAGUUUUGUCCAUUGGAAAUAACUUGAUUGAAGACUUUGAAAAUGUGGUAUAUGUACGGAUCCUUAAAAACCUACAGUGUCUAAAUUUGGCAGGUAAUCCUGUCACUAGAACAGAAAAUUUCAAACUUCAAGUGGUGGCUUACUUGCCACAACUCACAUACUUAGAUUACCGAAUAGUCUCCGAGGAAGAGAAAGUAGCAGCUAGUGAAAAAUAUGGAUAUGUUGUAGAACAGUUGUUAGCAGCAGAUCUCACGAAAGAACAGGAGAAAGAAGAAAUUAGAAAAGAGGAAGAAAAAAAAAUUGUACACAAAGAGGCCUUUGUAGAAAACUUAGAAGGAUCCCAAUUCUUUGAUUCAAUGUUUGCCGAGGACAAAGAAGGGACACUCUUUACUAUGUUACCUGGAGCUGAAGAAUAUUUCAAAACAUAUCUUUUAUUCUUGUUUAAUUUUUAUACUAUGAAAUUUAAUUACUUAAAUAUUUUUGGAAUUUGUAUUCAUUCUGAGUGAAUGACGGCUACAUUAUGCUUUUUUGGGUAAUUAAAAAUUAUGUUACAAUAACUUAAGAAAAUCAACAAAACUAGAACAGCCAAAAUACUAAUUUCCCAUUACUUAAAUUUGAUAUAGGGUUUGUUUCUAGCCUCCACAGUUACUAGCUAAAUUUGUUUAAAUGCUAGUGUACUUUGUGUUAGUUUCACUACCAAGCGUUGAUCAAGAUAGCCUCAAAUUUUCUCUCGUUUUAGUUAUUUGUAGUUCUGAGUGAGGCAUCAAGUAUAUUGUAUAUUUCUCAUUAGUAAGAAUACUGUAACAUGAAACAUGCUAAAGAUAACAACAGUGCUCGUUUAUCAUGGAUAAACAGAGUUGUAUAUAUAUCACUGUUUUCUUUGUUUUAGUUAUUUGUAGUUCCGAGUGAGGCAUCAAGUAUAUUGUAUAUUUCUCAUUAGUAAGAAUACUGUAACAUGAAACAUGCUAAAGAUAACAACAGUGCUUGUUUAUCAUGGAUGGAGAUAGUUGUAUAUAUAUCACUGUUUUCUUUGUUUUAGUUAUUUGUAGUUCUGAGUGAGGCAUCAAGUAUAUUGUAUAUUUCUCAUUAGUAAGAAUACUGUAACAUGAAACAUGCUAAAGAUAACAACAGUGCUUGUUUAUCAUGGAUAGAGAUAGUUGUAUAUAUAUAUCACUGUUUUCUUUGUUUUAGUUAUUUGUAGUUCUGAGUGAGGCAUCAAGUAUAUUGUAUAUUUCUCAUUAGUAAGAAUACUGUAACAUGAAACAUGCUAAAGAUAACAACAGUGCUUGUUUAUCAUCGAUAGAGAUAGUUGUAUAUAUAUAUCACUGUUUUCUUUGUUUUAGUUAUUUGUAGUUCCGAGUGAGGCAUCAAGUAUAUUGUAUAUUUCUCAUUAGUAAGAAUACUGUAACAUGAAACAUGCUAAAGAUAACAA